CAACAAAAGUGAUGUUCGCCUGCGCCGGUGUGGAAGCGCACAUGCGACUCCCGUGGUAACAGUUGCGUUACUGGAUUCAAAAUGAGGGAGGAAUGCGAAGUACAUGCUGCGACUGAGCAGGCGGUUUCAUCUGUCGGAGAGUGUCUCUCAAUCUCCGCGAAUAAGGCAGACACAACUGGCACGAACAUAUACUGUACCCGCCGUAACUUUAUUUCUGAGUUCCCAGAUCCACGCAACAAUGGCAGUCCUGCCUCCAUUCUCACCAGCAUUACAAGCGAUAUAGCCACAUUGCCAUUACCUUACACUUGAUGCCUGCAAGUUCCGUACCGCAAUGAUGUUACUAGCUACACUGCAGUCGACCAGGGCAAAAGGACCAAAUGGUAGGCUGCGGUUAUGGUUGCUGUUGCACUUGAAACGCAUUUCAUUGCAUGGCCAGUCCAUGGGCUGUGUUCAAGUUUGAGUUGUUGACUCAUAAAUGGUGGAGUCCGCGGCAGCCGAAUUGACCAUCCAGUUGUCCCGGAGGCCACCACCGCAUGGAUCAGGAAAGGCACGGUUACGGAAGAGUACCCUUCCAGGUUUCUCUGGGGAGACUGGACGCCCUACUACGCGUCGUCACACAAGACUGCAGUGCCAGUGCUGGGGCAUUCAGUUUCCACCGUCACUGGCAUUCAAGGCUCCAUUUUCUCCCACUCUCGAUCCCGUAUCUACCUGCUUUUUUCGAUUGCUUUGCGUCGUCGCGGUUUUCGUCACUGCUCUCAACUCAUACUUCAGACCUCUCUCGACACCAUGCAGUACAACGUACUUGAUCUGUUCUGAGCAUUGCUACCUAGGUACCUAGGUAUUACUCUGGCAGUCUGCGCAUUACCCUGCCCCCCCCGAUCCAUCGAAUCGAUUGGUUCAGCUGCACCGCAUGGCGGCUCAACCGGUUGCCAAUCCUCGCAUCGGCUCCAAUAAUUGAACCCCCCUGCCAUCCACUGGCUCCGACUCCCCGGGCGUUUUCGAGUUCUUCUCUCCACAACUCUGCCGACACAUGCAGGUGGUUUCUACAGCGCGAUUGAAUUUCGCAUCAGUACAAUACCACUACUGUCGCUUGUGCUGUCGUUUCCAAAGGUCAUCCCACGGGGGCCAAAAGAAGGCGAGUAGCAAAGAAAGAUCGAAAGAAGGGAAGAGAGAGAGAGAGUGUGUGUGUGUGUAGGCUGUGCGCCUUUCCACCUGUGCACUGCAUGCCACUACUGCAUCCACUGUGCCCUGUGAAGCAAUCAACGUCAAAGCCCACUUUCUUUGCUACUGGCACGGAACCACUGGCAGCCUGGAAACCCACCCACACUGGAUGUGGUUUUCCGGCUCCUAUCCCAUCCCACUGCAUCAGAAUCCCAUUCCCAUUCCCAUUCCAAUCCCAGUCCCAAUCGUACAGUACAUACAACAUUGUACAAAUCCGGGUCUCACUCACCGCGCGGGAAGACGGGACCUCAUACGCCGUGCAGUAGUAAUAGGACUCCAUACUAUGUUUCCAUGUCCAUGCCGCGUUCCCCAGUUGCGCGACUUUUCUUGUCCUAUCAUAAUGUGCUGAAUGUUGAAUGUUGCCAGAUUGCUGACAUGCUGUGUCCCAUUGUCACCAACGUCACGGGAUAUCCCACCAUCUUGCAUUCUUUGUAGCCCAGGCAGCCACUGAACUAAGACCAGGGUUGGAAACAACGGUUCUCCUGGCGAGACGUAUGAGUCAGAGGUGAGCUGCAUAUUGUUACAUUACAAGGAUGUCGACUGGCAGAAGAGUUGAGGCUCUUUGUCGCAUGGGGAGGCCGCUAAUAGUUCAACUCGCAGACAGGCCUUGGAAGACGAGGGAACAAAACUUCGACGUAUGGUAUUUUCUGACGUUUUCAUUCAAUCAUCUCCGCGAGGCCGGUGAUGAUGGCUCGGCCUCUCAGCCCUUUCUCUCAUGUUCAUACAAUAUCGGCCAUGCCACUGCAAGCCCAAAACAACCCCUCGUGGAAUGAUAUGGCUCAAACAAACAACAUCCCUGGGAGCUGAUUCUGGACCAAUUGGUACACGUUCAAUAACUCUGCUCCUCGCCCCGUCGGCCACGGUCGCCACUCGUUUUCUAGUUAUCGUUCGCCGUCAACUGCGGCAGGGUCCGAGGCAGCGACUUAAGCAAAUCCCAGGGAUCCAUCUCCUCAACCCCAGGCGGUUUCUCUGCCCCGAGCGACUCAAAGACCUUUGCACAUUCGGCCCGUAGAAUCGUAUCUAACAACUCUUCCACCUGCUGCCACUCCAAUCGACGGUUCUCAUCCGCUCCUUUCUCAUCACCUGCUCCUCGCUUGAUGAUGUUACCUUGGCUGUCCUCGAAUCUGGAUCGUAAAUCCUCAAGCUCACGUUGCAGUUCCCGGCCUUCCUCUUCCGCCCAGCAGAUUUGUCGACGCAGCAAUCGGAAAUAUUGAGAAGGAGGGAGACUGCGCUCAUAUUCAUCCAUGCCUUCCCAAAUCUCGGCAGGCCAGUAGUCGGCAGGGAGAGGUAAAGUCGACGGGACGCUGUCAACAUCAACCGCAUCUGCCAGCUCGUCUGAGGCAUCCGGAUCGGCCAUUUCAACGUCAUCCGGAUUGAUGCCCAUCAUGGCCACAGUGUAGCGGGUUGGCAACUCCGGCAGAUCGCCCAUCAGGGCAGCUUUCUUGUCUCCAUUUGCCUUGCCACCCAUCGUCAACUUGAGUCUCUUGAUGGUGUUGGAAGUGGGACCUCCAUUGGAAAUGCCUCCCGUGUGCCCUCUAGGAACGGGGUCACUUGGCCGCAACGCCUCUGUUUCAUGCACAGUCCGCAUAUGUUUGGCCAGUGCGUCCGACCGGGUGAAGCUGCGGUCACACUCGGGUAAGGAACACAUGAAUGGCUUUUCCUUUGUGUGGCUUCGCAUAUGGGCUUUCAACGCGUAGGCGCUAGUAUGUGGCUGACCUUUGCGAGGACAUCCCUCCCAUUCACAGUAGUACUUUUUCUGACGCGGGACAAUGUGCACAUCAUUGAUAUGUGUCACGAGAUUGUCCAUGUUUCCUUGCUCUCGGUCGGUGCAGCCGUCCCAGAGACACCUCGUCACUUGAACGUAGUCGGCCAUUUCAGGAUUCUCUGGAUUGGCUUGCGCCGCGGCAUACGCGGUCGAAAGCGGGUGAGUAGGACCGAGAUUGGCGUGAGACGGUGAGGUAGGCACAGAGCCCGAACUAUCGCUCGAGAUCGAGCCUGUAGGCGACCGUGAACGAGAUCGACCUCCCGCA